GUCAGGGGGCAAUAGGCAAGGGGAAGGUUUGGCAUGAUGGCAGGUAGUGAUCUAAGAGACCCAUUCGGAUUACUUUUUUCCAGGGGAGAAGCAGUUCACUGAUUAUAAAAGGAACCGUAGUCAGCACAUCUCGGCGUCACGCAUCGACUAUUUCCUAAUCUCACUCGAUGCAAUUGGUAUGAUUCAUACAGUGGGAAUAGGGGAUCUACCUUACACGACGGGUCUCGAUCAUAAGCCCAUCUUCCUGCACUUAAUCACAGAAAAACAAUGUAGUUGGGGUAGGAGUUUUUACAAAUUGAAUAACUCGUUAAUACAGACCACUGAGCUGAGACAGGCAGUCCUACAAGUCUGCUUAUCACAUAACCCCGAAACGCAGUCCUUCCCGGAUCUGACGAACUCGCUCUCCAGGGCAACUGCAGUGGUGGCGAGACAGUUGGCUGCGAAAAGGAAGAGGAGGGAGCAGGAGCUUCAGCAAGCCAUCAGAAUAGCAGAGCAAAACCUUAUCAGGCACGCUGGCACGGACGUGUAUGCGAGGAUAUUGGAAGAGGCGAGAUCAGAAGUAGGGGAGUGGGAAAGAUGGAGAACUCGCGGGCUGCAACUGAGGGCUAGAGUGAAGGAGUGGGAAGAUGGCGAAAGAAUGAUGAAGUUCUUGUUCCAAAAGAUAAAGAACAGGUGCAGAAAUGCAUCGAUAGAAAAAUUAGAGGGACCACAGGGGCCGACAACUAGCACAAAGGGAAUGGUAGCGGUAGCCCAGGAGUUCUACAGCAACCUCUACAAGUCAAGAGAAGACGAACAUCCAAGGCAACAGGUGGAGAGAGCACGUUCCAAAUUCUUAGUGUAUCUCGAGCCUACAAUAUCCCAGUCACAAGCAGCCAAGUUGGACGCUCCCCUGCUGCAGGAGGAGCUCCUGGAGGCCCUCAAGUCCUUGGCACCAAAUAAGAACCCCGGAAAGGAUGGUCUGACUAGUGAAUUCUGGUUGGAAUUUUGGCCAAUCUUGGGCAGGGAAUAUGAAGCCUUCCUCGAGCAAGCGUGGCAAAGAGAAGGACUAGGACACGACCCAGCCAUAGGAAUCGUCACACUCCUGUAUAAAAAAGGAAACCCGGCGGACAUUCGGAACUACAGACCAAUAACACUUCUUACGCUGACACACAAGAUCGUGGCUAAGGCUCUGGCAAACAGACUUCGCGGGAUUACAGAUGGCUGCUUCCACCUGGAUCAGACAGGGUUCAUCCCUGGACGUUUCAUCCUGGAUAAUGUCAUGACACUGACGGAGUCAGUGCGAUACAUCAGGGACAAAAAGAUCAACGCAGCAAUCCUAUUUUUUGACUUUGAAAAGGCUUAUGAUCAGGUGACCUUGCACAAUCAAGCGCUGAUGAACAUAGACACAGAUCCAACCGGAGGUUUUCGGAAACUCAACUUCUUGCUUCAGAGCCCGCCGUUUCCACCUGAGACGUUUGGCAAUCUUCUUCUACUCUACUGCAAACCUUCACAUGGUUUCUACGAUCUGGCAGCUGACGUUAUGGCUGAGAACACUCAUCUCACAUAUCAAAAUCUCUCACAGGAUUUGUACGAGUAUUUGGAUGCAACAAUACUGAGGCAGACGUCUCCUGAGGAGGCCUAUAGGAAGUACGAUGAGCUGGCAACGAGACAUGUAGACAUCCUGCGUAGAUUAACAAAAGUAAUUCAAGAUGCACGCAUUGCCCGUGACAAUGAAGCUAUUAAAAAGGCAAUCACAGAUUAUGAUGAGGCAUUGGAGAAUUAUAUACCAGUGCUUAUGGCUAUGGCGAAAAUAUACUGGGAUAUGGAGAACUACACAGCAGUGGAACGGAUCUUUCGGCAGAGUGCUGAGUUCUGCAGCGAGCACGAUGUCUGGAAGCUCAACGUGGCUCACACCUUUUUUAUGCAGGAUACGAGGUACAAGGAGGCCAUCCGAUACUACGAGCCAAUUGUGAAGAAGCAUUCCGAUGACAUUCUGGGCAUCCCGGCGAUUGUCUUGGCCAAUCUUUGCGUCUCCUAUAUCAUGACCAGCCAGAACGAGGAUGCGGAGGAGCUCAUGAGGAAGAUUGAGAAAGAAGAGGAGCGGGCACAAUAUCAGGAUCCUGAAAAGCAGUGUUUUCAUCUCUGCAUCGUGAACCUAGUCAUCGGCACACUCUACUGUGCAAAGCAGAACUUUGAGUUUGGGAUCAGCCGCGUCAUCAAAAGCUUGGAGCCGUACAACAAGAAGAUAGAAACAGACACAUGGUUUUACGCGAAGCGUUGCUUCUUGGCAUUGAUAGAGAAUCUCGCGAAGCACAUGAUCGUGGUGAAGGAUGCGACAUUCAGCGAAGUUCUGGCGUUUUUAGAUGCAGCGGACCUCCAUGGAAAGUCUGUCAUGACCAAUUUCGGCGGGGCCUCAAAUCUAGUCGACACCUAUGGCUCAGCCACAGCAAGUGCUGCCGGGCAACCGACUCCACCUCCGCCGGGUCGCUCGGUCUCUCAAGAGUCCCGUGCCCUCAAGCGCAUGGUUCUCAGACUCAGAGACUAAAGCUCAAUUGUAGCCAAUCCAAGUACCUGCAAUUUUGCUAAGGAGAAUUCAGAAUUCUGUUUGCGGAAAUUUUGCUAGACUUACAGAGACUAACUGGCGGGGGGUGUUAUGCUUGUGGUCGGAAAGCAUGAACCUGGUCAUAAUCAUGGUCAUGUACGUACGUUGUUAGCAUCAACAUAGCACUAGUGAGGCCUGCCCCUAACUGACAGAUUUCACUGGUGCUGUGUUUUUGCUGUGUUUUUGCUGUGUUAACAUGCACACAGCCAGUUUUGUGACCAGAUUCAUCCUUUCUGAGUGCAAACAUGUGCACCAGUGGGCCCUGGCUCUAACCGUUACGAGUAUUGGGAGAUGUGAUCUGUCAGUGUGGCAGUGGGUGACUUUUAUCGAGGACGAAAACAUUCUAAAAUCAAUGAAAAUUUUGAAG